AUGAACCCAAAAGCGUAUAAAAUUAAUAAAGUUUAGUGUUUAUGAUUCUUUUGCUAAUAUGUCAUUGUGCAAUUCCAGAGCUACGAUUAUAGAACCAAGAGAAUUAAUUUAGACAAGAAAGCAAAUUAAAAUAGUGAUCACUUUAAUGCUAAUCACAAUACUACUCUAUAUAUCAUUUAUUUUAAUUGCUAUACUAAUAUUCAAAAAGGUGACUUGCGAACAUUAAAUUGAUAUCAAUUAUUAGAAUUACUUGAUAGUAAUUUAUGGAAUCAUUUAAAUGACUCCUUGUUUGGUCAUUCCUUAUGCAUUUGGCUUUAUUCCGUAAGUCUAGGCUUAAGGAGAUUAAAAUGAUUGCUUAAUCAUUUUAGAUUAGUCUUAAGCAAAAUCGAAAGACUCUAUUUAAAUUUGA